UCCAUCACCCAUUGCAGUGCAUGGGCGCUGUAGUCAUUGAGGUCCGUGCCGACGAGGAAGGUCCUGGAGUACUUGGUUCUGUGCCAAUGGUCUGUUCGUGCCUGGAGUGUGAAGGCGUACUGGGCUGUGGCCUCGCAGUCGAGGGUGUCGAAUCCAACCCGGGCAACGUAACCGUUUUUGGAUCGUUUCUUAGGCGGGGCUUCGGUUUUGCGUGUGUCGUCGUGAUCCUUGCUGCUGCUGCUAUUAUUGUCGGUAAUGGAUGUAGGAGCGGUGGUGAGAGAGGUCGUGGUCGAGUUGGAGGGAGAGACUGUGGCGGAGCUUGCGGGCGUGGAAGUGGCGGAGGAAGAAGGGGGCGCGUUGGAGGACAGGGUCAGGGGAGGAGUGUUGAUCGCCGUGCCCUGGCUGUCGUUGAGUGUCAUUGGUGGAGGUGAAAGGUUGAGGCAGAGAGGAAUGUAAUGAGAAGGGGAAGGAGUGGAAUGAGCUAUGAAGGGAGGGGGGUUAGAGGUGAGGGAAAGAAGAGAAGUGUGAGAGACAAGGAACGGGCAAGUCUUUGUUGUUUUUGUGUGUUGGAGCAAGUCCUCGGGGCUGAAGUAGGCUCAUACAUUUUUUUUUUUUUUUUCGCUGCCGAAGCACACGCACACUUCGCAUCCAUUGAAGGUAAACAACGCAAGGACAUCCCUCAACCUAAAAACACGCAUUCGCUCGACCCAGGUAAUCGGAUUGCCUCCUGCCACUCCCUUCCCUUCAAAGGAAAGGAUCCAGCCAGCCCAUCGACCGGCUAUCCCGCGUAUCCUAUCCUACGCUGUCCUGUGCUGUCCUAUCCUAUCUGCACACUCACAACACGCGUUAGCACUCCCUUUUCCCCCAUCUCCGUCAUUCAUACUCACAGGCACCUGUCCACUCUUUAUGUUUACUCUGAGCACCGCCUGUCAUUUCCAUUUUGGGCCCUUCCACCUCUCCUUCCUUCGGCUGCCUUGAUGGCCCAUAGCUUAUUUCAAUUUUUUUUAAGCGGCGCCCGAUUUCCAUCCGGAAACAGGCCAACGGGCAAUGGUAAGAUAUUUGUGUUCUUGCGCGCAGGCCACAAUGAAGUGGUUGUCCUGUCUUUUUGUUCGUCAUGGGUUUCAGCUGAGCAACUGUCCAGGCUACACACCAUGUUUUAAACAUGUACCUGCGAUUGAGUAAAGAGUCAGGUGUAUGGCCACUGCAGCAAGUAGCAGUUCAAGAAAGGGCAUUUGCACCCCAAACUACACUCCAUCGUACCCACUUUUCAAUUUUCUGACCUCUAGACAGCUCUGGCCUGGUGAUUUUUGUGCAUCCCCCAACCGAUGAAAUCCCCAAUUGCAAAAAGGCACGGCCCGAAAUUGCGAUCAAUCAGUGCUU